GAUUCUGUUUGUAGCAUUGUUGCAGAGAGUAAAACACUGAAGGAUCACCUCACAGAUAUGACUGUAGGAUCGGACUCUGGCUUGCCACUUCUUAUCCAAAGGACCAUUGCCAGAACAAUUGUUCUUCAUGAAAUUGUGGGAAAAGGGCAGUUUGGUGAAGUAUGGCACGGAAAGUGGCAUGGAAAUGACGUAGCAGUAAAAAUUUUCUCCUCGUUUAAAGAGUGGUCCUGGUUCAGAGAAGUAGAAAUCUAUCAAACUUGCAUGCUACGACAUGAAAAUAUCCUGGGUUUCAUUGCUGCUGACACUAAAGAUACUGGCACGUGGACUCAGCUUUGGCUUGUGUCCGAUUACCAUGAGAAUGGUUCACUGAAUGACUACCUAAAGAGAUACAUUGUGACUGUUGAUAGUAUGCUGAAGUUUGCCAUCUCUAUUGCUAGUGGACUAGCACAUCUCCAUAUGGAAAUAAUUGGCACACAAGGUAAACCUGCUAUUGCACAUUGUGACCUCAAAUCAAGAAAUAUUCUUAUAAGAAAUAAUGGAACAUGUGUCAUUGCUGAUUUUGGUUUGGCAAAACGACAUGAUAAAACAACAGAUUUCAUCAACGUUUCAUCCAGUUGCAGAGUGGGAACCAAGAGGUACAUGGCACCAGAAGUCAUUGAUGACUCUAUCAACAGGAGUCAUUUUGGCUCAUUCAUGUACAUUGAUAUCUAUGCCUUGGGUCUGAUCUACUGGGAAAUUGCACACAGAUGCUGUGUAGGAGGAUUCCACGAUGAGUAUCACUUGCCCUAUUACAAUCUUGUUCCUUCAAAUCCUUCCAUAGAAGAUAUGAGAAAAGUAGUCUGUGAACAAAAACUUAGGCCAAUAAUUCCAAAUCAAUGGCAAAACUUUCAGUCCAAAAAUUAAGCAAGUGGAAUGAUGGGUUCAUGGAUUCAUUAAAACUGGCCUGAAAUGAACGUUGAACAAAAACAGAAGUUGCUUGAAAAGCUCA